AUGGUCCCCGGACAGUCUGUGGUCCUCUAUUCGCGACUACAUCUCAUCGUUCGCAACCACAAAGUCCUUCGCCUCGUCCUCUGGUUUAUCAUAAUCGGCACCGUCAUCCUCCUCGUGCCGACAACGACUCUUGUUUACCUCAUUGUUUACGUAUCGACCAAACCGAUCAUUAAGGGAUACAAUGUGAUUGAGCGCAUGGAGCUCGCUUGGUUCUGUGCACAAGAGUUUGUUCUCACGGGUAUCUAUAUCUCAGAGACUGUGAAAUUAAUCAAGAUUUGGCCGGGGAGAGAUAGGCGACGCCUCAAUAUUAUGUAUCAGCUGCUAGCUAUCAACGCUCUGAUCAUCAUUUUCGACUUCACGCUGCUGAUCCUAGAGUAUGUUGGCUACCACUCGCUGCAAGUUACAUUGAAACCAAUGGUUUACAGCAUUAAGCUCAAGCUGGAGUUUGCCGUACUUGGCAAGCUUGUUGCCCUGGUACAACCUCAUCACGUGCAGCAAUCUUAUGACAGACAGCACGAGUGUCUGGAUUUCGUGAAUGCGGCGCCGCUAGCUUCGGAUAUCUCACAAGGCGCUGAGUGA